GUGUGGGCAAUUUAUGGCUUAGGUCUGGAUGGCUUGGCGGAAGUACCUGAGAAGAUUGAGUUUCCCUGUCGCAAACGUGCCGAUGCCAUCCGAGACGGUAGCUUGAAACCAAACCAACUGUGUGAUGAACAGGAUGCAUUGCCGCCACCGGAAGAGCAAGAUGCUCAGCCUGUGCGGGAGCCAGGAACCGUGUGGACGAGCCCAUCAGAGGAGCUGUACCUGAUGCAGAGGCCCGCCAUCCUCGAACGCAUCACCCAAUGGGAAGGUGUGGUCAAUACCCUGAAGGGAGCCAUUGCGGUGGCGACCUGGGACGACCCACAGGUGCUCCUACGAGAGAUGGAAGGAUGCCGCCUACCCCUGGCGAAUAUCGUCGAGCCGAUGCUGGGUGGAGGCAAUGCUGAAGGGGCAUACGACACGCUCGCGGAGGUCUACAAGAACACGCCCGAUGGCUUUUUGGCAAUGUGCCCUACCCGCCGGGAGGCCAUCGAUGACAUCGAGUCCACCAAUCGUGCACAUGGUCGCCCGGUUUUGCCGGUGUUGGUCAUCGUGCAUUUGGAAGACGAUGCCAUCAAUCGGAAGUAUGUCACCAACUUCCUCCAGGCCGUCGCUGAUUGCCACCUUGCCUACCUCAAGCUCAUCAGCGUCGACGAUCACUUGAGGACGCUCCCAAGAAUCGAGGAUCUCCAGGAGCAGAAGAACUACCCGAACCUCACCAUCCUCAAGGCCGCGUACCAGCUUGAAAUCGAUUCGAAUGUAUCCUCACCACAAGAUCUUCCUCAACGACCUGAUCCUGAGAAGAUCAUGUUGGAUGCAGACAUCGAGAUUUUCAACUGGGUGCUUCAAGCUGAGGAGAACGCCACAGCCUCUGCCGACCGGGAGGUCGAGUCCUGGAUGCGAGACAUUCCUGAAGAGGACCAGGCAUUGGAACCCAUGCACCAUGACAACGCUGAUUCGGACGAUGAGGCUGUCAAGGUUCAGGCCCUCACUAUGGAUGAUCGAAUCCUGGCAAGGCGACAAAGCCUAUCCGAGGAGCACGACCAAGAAUGGCAAGAUGCCACCUAUGCGGCCGAGGAUGAAGACGAGGACUUCAAAGGGUGGGACCUCAUCGAGGAUGACAAACGCCCGCCGGGAGUCGUGGCCAGUGACCCAGUACAUGAAGAGGAAAAGGAACUGGACCUUGACGACCUCGAGACGGUGGCUUCGGUGGAGAUUGUCGAUGAAGAGGAGUUCCACGACGUUGAGGAGGGGCAGGCCGAGCCGAUCGACGAUGAUGACGAUGAUGACAUGGCCGUGAUCGACAAGGUCUCUUCUAUGCAGGCCUCGAAGUCUGAUGCACGGGGGGACCCGGAGCCCAUGGAUGUUGAUGAUCAGGGCAACAAGAUGGUCCAGAGUACGGCAUCAGCGAAGACCUGGAAGACGGAAAUGGCCCAGAGCUCGUCAUCGGCAAAGACGUGGAAGACUGAAAUGGCUCAGAGCACCUCAUCUGCAAAGACACCACAGCAGCUGCGUCGGCGGGAUCUGGUUUGGAUUGAGCCGGACAACAUGGCAGGAGUUCCUGUGCGCAAGGUGGACUACGGAAGGCUUAGCUCGAUUUCCCAUGCUAUGUCCGACUACCUCCGUGGCCACCGAUUGUUUCACAGGAGGCCUUCACCGGAAAUUCGGAGGACUGAUUUGUCUAUGGACUUCAAGGCAUUGGUGAGGCACCUCCAAGGAGAUUUUGCGCAUCUUCGAGAAGAAGAAGUACUGAUGGUAGUGCGCAAUUCCCCAAUGCGUCGCUUCAGAGUCCAGGUGAACGGCUUGUCGUCCGGAAAGCUCAGGUGGACGCCAGUGAGGAUCAGGGCCAUUCAGGGCCAUCGGGCCUUUCUCGUGGAGCAAGGGGGGAUGUCGACCAUGAUCAAAAGGAUGUUCACUUUUGAUGAGAACUUCGACGAGACCAAGGUUGACGACCCAUCGGUUCACCCCGCUUUCUCCGCGAUGCCGGAAGACUGGAUCUCGAACCUCCCGAUGAUCAACGCCUUUGAUAUGCGUUCGGGCGAGUUUUUCUAUAUCAACAGGGCUUAUGUCAACCAUCGGAAGACUUACCAGGAAGUCCUCAAGCAGGCCAAGGCCGAGUUUGAUCCGACGGACAUUCUCAUGAGCCGCAUGGAGAUGUUGAUGGAAAACGCCCAGUUGAACUUCGAAGGCAUCAAAGAGCGCAUCGAGUUUGGCAAGCUCCUCCCCUUCUCCAGACGUGAAGACAUUGAGGUCGAGAAGAGUACUGCCACCCGGGAGGGUGAGCCGGCAUCAGGUUCUCAGCUGGUGCCCGGCUACACCGUUGCAAAGAUGGCCGCCAUGACAAGCACUGAUGCAUGUGGCUUUCAACGUCGUGGGCGGAAUGGACCCGGUGGUGGGAAUUGGAACCGAGGGCAAGGUCGAGUUGGAUUUGAGUUGCAAUUCAAGGACAUCUCCUACAACCAGAUUCAAGACUCGCCUCAGGUGCGCUGCAGCCAUCCGAUCUGCGGAUACCUCAUGAUGGAUGGGCAUUUGAAAUGCCCGAGGUGUUUCCGGCAAAUGGAACCCGUGACCGAUGCCAACAUCGCCACGGAAGUUGCCCGCGGGGAGGCGAUGGCCCGUACCAGAGGAGUGCCCUUUUCCAUGGACAAGGUGAUCUUCAACCACCCACGAAGAGGCAGAGUAGCCAGGCAGCCGGAGAAGGGAUCUUCGUCUUCUUCGACAGCCGUCCGGACCAGAAGCACCUACGGCAACUUGAGAGACAUGGCCCGCAACUAUGUCAGAUCUUUCAAGAAAAGGGGCUUCAAAGACCUUGUUGACAGACUCGUCCGCGACCUAUUCUUUCAGUUCAAUGCGGCGAAUCAAAACUUGGUGCCGGAGGCCUUGCUCUUCAUUGAGCGUUUGGCUGGCUGCGUGAGUCCGACCAUUGAGCGCACCAAAGCUCAGGUUCUUGGUGAAAAGCUUGAGAUGGCCACCAAAUUGAUCUUUGUGCCAUCGUCGGAGCGGGAGCCCGACCAACCCUUGGAUCUUCACACCGAGGUGUUUGUGUCGCAUCGGGGCGUCUUUCUCGACAUUGGCCAGUUCGCAGUCUAUGUGGCGAAGUUCAUCAAGCCGAAGCAAAGACCCCUACCCAUUGUUUAUGGCUGGGGCAACCGUGACUUUGUGCCUGAUGCUUCGGAUGCCAAAGAGAUCGCGAAAGAGUUGGUGGAGUUCAGCAAGCUGCAGUGGUCGAACUAUGCCUCCCAACAGACGCACAAGGAAUCUGAAACCACCGGCGACGACCGGGAGGUCAGUCUUCCUCAUGCAAGUGGAUCCAUCAGCCGACCUGAACAUGAACGACCCCGUCACGAGCAAUUCGAGCCGAAUCUUGGCAAGCCUGCUCGCGGCGGUCCUUACGGUCAGGGAUAUGGUGGUAAAGGUCAUCACAAAGGUGGAGGACAGACCAAAGGAAAGGGACAGCAGAAGGGGAAGGGCAAGCAAGGCAGAAGCCCACCGGGAGGUGUGGCCUACAGUGACUUUGAAGGAGCUUCCUACUGGGUUCAGGGCUACCGCUAUACGUGGUACUGGAAUCAACAGCGAGGCAUGCCUGUCUAUGACAAACUUGGCAG